AUGGACAAAGCAAGGCCGACGCUUAAAAGCGUCACGCAGAUGAAGUCGUUGACGGAAAUCGAAACGUCCAUGUCUCAUGUUUUCCAGGAUGCCCAGAUGACCCUUUCUGGUCAUAGGAAACUUGCAGUGGUGCUUAGGAACAUCCAGACCAGAGCCAUUGCGCUUGACUAUGAGGAGAGCUUUAACUUUCAUUUCACAAAGCUUGUUCUGAAGGUGUUGAAGGUACGGAAGGGCGUGCCGGCGGCAGACCGUAUUGCCAAGUUCGUUACUGUGUUUGUUAAGAAGAUGAUUGAGGACGAGGGGGAGACGCCUUCGAGGUCUGCUGAUGAUGAAGAUGGAGUGCCUACGGUUUUCGUUGAGUUUCUAUUACGGCACUUGCUUCGAGGUACGGAGUCGAAGUUUAAGGACGUCAGGUAUAGAAUUACCCAGUUCUUGGCCUACUUGGUCCAUACGGUGCCUGAGAUAGACGAGGAUCUUUAUAAGGCGCUUGAGUAUACGCUACGCCGUGGUCUUCGUGAUAAGGAGCACAUUGUGAGGCUCCAGGCGGUCGUGGCGAUGUCUAUGUUCCAGCUACACGAUCAGAAUGGCGACCAGAAACCAAACCAUGCGGUUAGAGCCAUUGUUGCCGCCAUGAACCAUGAUGAAUCUCCUGAAGUGCGUCGUGCUGCUAUGCUUACAGUAACGAAAAAUAGGUACACCAUCCCAGAAGUGCUUCGAAGAGCUAGAGAUACGAAUGCCAUUAAUAGACGUCUCGUCUACGGACGCGUGUUUCUGGAAAUUGGCAGUUUAAAGGAAGUUGACGUGGAAUUGCGCCAGAGUCUUCUUAAAUGGGGUCUUCACGAUCGUGAAGUUUCUGUCAAACAGGCGGCUGUGAACAUGUUCACUAAGACAUGGCUCAAUAUGGCCGACGAGAAGAUAUUGGGACUUCUUGAACGACUUAAUGUGGUCGAUAGCGAUGCGGCCGAGCCAGCUAUGAUAGAAUACUUUGACAAGCAUCUGGACUCAUUAGAUAAGGUCGAGUUCACAGAACAGCAAUGGCGAGAGCUCGACUCUGAAAGGGCCUUCUAUAUCAGGACUUUCCUCGACUACUGCCACGCCCAUAAUCUCCAUAAUAAGCUCGACAAGAGUCUACCAGAAUUGACUGUCUUAGCUUCUUAUUUAAGCGACUACUUAAAGCUACGCAUGAGACUUAUCGAAAGUGACAGAGAGCUUCUUGACGAGUACACUAAUUUCACCAAAAAAAUGGCUCGCUUCAAUCAGCAUAUUCUAGAGAAGGAAGCAGAUCAUCUUGACCUUCAGCGCAGAAUAUCAAAAAAUGAAAAAGCUAUGUCCCAGGGACAAAGUCACAUUGAGACUUUGACCGAGACUAUCAAGAAAAGAAAACUGGACUUGACGCAUUUAGCAUCCAAGAAGGCGGACCUCCAGAAGGCCGGCGCAACAACAACCUCGAUCAAUGAGAAGAUCACCGAAUAUAAAGCGACGGUAAAGGAGUCCACCCAGGAACUUGAAGAUCUCAAAAAACGUCUCGUAAAGGUACAAGAAUACCUCACAAAGGACGAAGAUACUUUCAAAAAGAACGCCAAAGCCAUGCAAUAUCUUGAGGACGAAAGAGAGACCUACUAUGAAGCAGCAAGCGACAUUCCAAGAAAAUACAGAUCUUUUGGUGAACAGAUGAAGCAUUUGGAAUUUAUUAUAGAGCAAUUGCUUCUCGUCAUUAAGCGGAGUGAUUUUGCUGAUAUUGCCGGUACCAGAAAAUUGCAGCCAUUGAUCUCGCAAACUUUGGCUAAUGAUAAUCUUCCAGAUAAACUUAUCGUAUUGAGUGUUCAGAUUCUUCGCCAACUUUCCAAUGAUGAAAGUUAUUUCUCCAACUUGUGCAUUGAGAUUAUUACAGACAUCCGUGACUCUGGAAUGGAAGAAAAUGACCAGACGUUCGUUUCUGCAGCUUCACUUUUUGGCGAGGACGAUGGUGCAGCAGAAGAGGAAGAAUACGAGAGCGAACUGCAGUCUACAGAGGAACCAAACAAAAGAAGAAAAGUGGCACCCUCGCUUCCCUCAGAAGAUCUACUUAUUCAAUGUUUGAUGGUUCUUCAACAUUACCUCGAGCUUUUGGAAGACUCUGUCUCGAGUACCCAUCAGUUUGACUCGCUUAUUGAGACAUUGAUCCGUCCAGCAAUGUGUAGCGCCAACUGGGAAGUCAAGAGAUUUGGUGUUAGGUGCUUGGGCUUGGUAUCGUUGCUUGACAACUAUCUUACCUUGAAGAACUUGAGAAUAUUCGGUCAGUAUGCUUCAAAGAGUGCUGAUGAAGAAUUGAGAAUCUUGGCUAUUCAAGUUGUGUUUGACCUUCUUUCUACGCACGGCGCCGGAAUUCUUGGUGGAGAUUCCGAAUUUGCAGUCGAUUCGCUUUCACUUGCCAGACUUUUCCACACAAUGUUGAGAGAGUUUGACCAUCCAAGAGUCCAGGCCGUAGUUGCAGAAGGAUUGUGUAAACUUUUCCUUGCAGACUUGAUGGAAGAUUUUGGAAAGGACGAGGUUGCUGAAGACGAAGAGGAAAUGGACUACGAAGGAUCACUUUUGCGUGCUCUUCUCAUUGCCUACUUUCAUCCUCUCAAUUCACAGAACGAAGAGCUCAAGCAGAUUUUGGCUUUUUGCGUGCCAGUGUACUCGUUCAGUCAUCCAAAGCAUCAAGCUAAGGUGAGCAGUGUAAGUGGAGACUGUUUCUACGAAAUGUUCAGCAUCAACAGCAAGUUCAACACGUUCGAGAAAGGAAUGACUCCUAGCACAGUUCUCCAACAAUACAUCUACUGGAGUGAUCCACGAGAAAUCGUGAACAUCAGCGACGACGACUACAAGAAGAGCGCCGCACAUCUCUGGCAACUGAUGAAGUUCUUGGAGAUUGUGGAGCAGGACUCGCCCAAGGCCAUCAAGAAGCUUAUUAUCAGCAACUUGUCGAAAUUGUGUUUGCAUAAGGAGAUCGGUGCUCCACUUCUUAGAGGCUUAAAAGAGGCUAUCAGCGAUACUAAAGACAAACUCGAAGCCAAUAAGAACGAUCCAGAAUUUGUUCUUGACGCACCUACAGAGAGAGCCUUUGAAAAAUUCCGGGCUACCGUUGAUGAGCUCGUAGAAGGAGCUGAAGCAGACGAGGCUGAGGAAAGGGCUAGGGCGCCAAUCACGAAAUCACGCAGCCCUUCAGUAUCCCACGAAGCUUAUUAUCAAGAAAAUACCGGUUCCAGGGAGGUCCCGGCAGCCGAAGGUGAAACUGAUGAUAAUGCCGAUAAACGAGACCAAGGUCCAGAUGAACGAGAGCGAGCAUCUGCAAGUGACGACAACGAGGAAGAAGAGGACAACGAAGGUGAGGCUGAAAAAACCAAGGCCCAAGAAAAAGAGCUUGCUGAAAUUGAUCAGUUGCUCGACGAAGAAGAUAACGUGGAUUAUGAAAUCAGAGAAUAA